GAUUCGUUGCCCUGGCUUCCUGCCUGCCUCCAGCCUCAGCCUCGCCGUUUAUACACGCCUCUCCCCUCCCCAACACCUUCCUCUCCGCGCCCGCUUCCUCCAUCCUCCGCUCGCUGCCCUCCCUCUCUCCGCCGAUUCGGAGCUCGGCGAAUUUGGACACUGCGCGGCGCGGCGACGUCGGCCCCUCCCCUCCACGAAGAAUCCUGCGCGGGCUCCUGCCGCACCUCGGGCCCCGGUGCGCUGGGCGAAAUGGAAGGUGUGGUCGUGAGGAGGGUGAUCCCUUCGGACAACAGCUGCCUCUUCAAUGCCGUGGGUUACGUGAUGGAACAUAACCGGAAUAAGGCUUCUGAGCUCAGACAGGUUAUAGCAGCAGCAGUUGCUAGUAAUCCUGUAAAGUUCAAUGAAGUGUUUCUUGGCAAACCGAAUGAAGCAUAUUGUGCUUGGAUUCUGGAUCCCGAAAAGUGGGGAGGAGCCAUUGAGCUCUCUAUUCUAUCGGAAUAUUACGGGCGUGAAAUUGCUGCAUAUGACAUUCAGACCACCCGCUGUGAUCUAUAUGGUCAGGAGAAGAAUUAUAAUGAAAGGGUCAUGCUCAUUUAUGAUGGGUUGCAUUAUGAUGCUCUGGCUAUGUCUCCAGCUGAAGGAGCACCAGAAGAAUUUGACCAGACAAUAUUCCCAAUCAACCAUAAUCGUUCAAUUGGUCCAGCAGAAGGCCUUGCUCUCAACUUAGUGAGGGAGGCACAGAGAAAGAGGAGCUAUACUGACACUGCAAACUUCACUUUGCGCUGUGGGGUGUGCCAGAUUGGCGUCAUUGGUCAAAAGGAGGCCGUCGAACAUGCGCAAGCCACUGGCCAUGUCAACUUCCAAGAAUACAAAUGACAGUAGAAGAUAAGUCUGGUUCUGUUGUAAACUUAUCAUUUGUUCAUCAAUUUGAUAUUCUUCUUUUGUUGGAUAUGGUUGGCACUUUGUAUCACAAUGUAUUUGUCACAGGGAAAACAUAAUAAUACUGUGUUUGUUCCGGAUAAUGUAGAUAUUGCCAACCAAUUAUGAUGGUUCAAAUGCCCCUUCUCGUUC